CAAUCUGGCACUUCCGGUUGAGUCAGGAAAAUAAAAAAUACCUAAUUUUAGUUAAUUUCGUCAACGUUUAUGUAUAAAUGUAAAUAUUUUUCACAUAUUUCAUAUAAAUUUGUUUUUAGUCAGAAGAUAAUUGUUAGACAGUGACAAACGAUUGACGACUACAAAACACCAGCAGUAAAAGUGGGCAGGGAUCAGUCUUUCUGUUGACAAUGAAGUUAUAUUCUUUAUCGAUACUGUAUAGAGUUGGAGAUGGCAAAGCAAACAGGCUUGUGUCAACACAUGAACUUACUUCUUUUGGGUUUUUCCAAAGAGCAAGUGUAAAAGAGUUCAUGAAUUUCACCACAAAGAUUCUGGUUGAACGUACAUCACCAUCUUGCAGAUCUUCAGUUAAAGAGCAAGAAUAUGUUUGUCAUGUAUUUGUAAAAAGUAAUAACAUAGGGGCAGUUGUGAUUGCCGACCACGAAUAUCCACAAAGAGUAGCUCACACAUUACUGAAUAAAGUCAUUGAGGACUUUGAAGCGAAAGUCGAGAAGAAACUCUGGUCUAUAGCGAAGGAAGAUGAGAUUAAAUUCCCAGAGCUGGAACAAUUUUUACAGAAGUAUCAGAAUCCUCGAGAAGCUGAUGCUAUGUCAAAGAUCAAUGCAGAUCUUGAUGAAACCAAAAUUAUAUUGCACAAUACAAUAGAAGCAGUAUUAGAGAGAGGGGAGAAAAUUGAUGACCUGGUGGAGAAGUCAGAGGGACUCAGUUUACAAAGUAAAACUUUCUAUAAAACUGCAAGAAAGACAAAUUCCUGUUGUGUUAUACUGUAACCAUGGCAACUGGCUAGAGAGUAAAUGUCGUCUGGUCAAGUGUCGUCGAGGAUGUCUCAAACAGCGUGGCAGUCAGAAAACUCCUCCCACUUCAAUCAUGUGAUCAUUGAGGUCAUCUGAACAAUCUAAUCAUGCUUAUCUUUCUGGUCUUGUGAUGUUUCUGGUCAUGUGAUCUAAUCCCUUCCACAUGAUAAAUAACAGAAUCUAUUUUUUUUUCCUGCGCUUAAAUUUUUAUAUCGUAACACCAUGCCGUAUUUUUCUCUGAUGUUAUAACAAAUAUUUUUCAAAAGUGUGUUUGCUUUUUGAAUUUCAAGAAAUAUUUUUUAUUUGCCUGUUCUCUUGCUUAUUGCAGAAGAAAUGAGUUUUCUUCACAAUCAGUGAAUGUUUACUGUGAACUAUUUCGUACAUUGAACUGUGAUAAUGGAGUUGUGCCCCUUGAACUGUAAACUGAGUAUUAAGCCAUGUUUACUUUUAAACAAACCUCAUUUCUAUUGUUUGCCAAAUUGCUUGUUGUAAUAAUAAAUUGUAAUUUUGAAAGAAACUGUAAUAUUGUAAAUGUAUUUAUAUAUUUCCUGACAGUUUGUUCGGUGUUACAGAAUGUAAGAAAAAACUACAAUAUUUAUAAUAUAUAUUUUAAUUUUUUGAGAUUUUAUAGGUCUUGUGAACUGAAACUAGUCAUGCAUAAUGAACUUUGUUUGAACAGAUAUGAAAAUCUGAAAGCAAUAUUACAUUUCGAAUUUAAUGCCAUCGUUUAUUUAUCGUAAGUGUUUAAAAAUGAUGGGACCAAUCCUUAUGUCUGUAUGUUAAAGUGUUUUUGUGAAUCUGUCCGUCUAGUUGUUUUAAAGUUGCUUGCUCACAGUAAAGAUGAAAUUUUUGAGCAUGCUUAAUUCACCAAGUUUGACAUAGAAUGUAUGACUGCAAAAUGAUAACCUUAGUGAAAAAAAGUUAAGAUAUUGGUAAAAAAAGCAAAAGAAACACUGAUUUUCUCCAUGAUUCCUUAAGUGUUAUGGAUGGUUUAUUCCAUUCUGCACAAUGUUUAGGUCAUUUUGCUAAAAUCUUAUGCCUUUAAAUCUGAGCCACUGGUAAUUUUGGCAAUAUCCAUAUUUUUUUUAGAGAAAACAAAUUUCGCUAAAAACUGUGAAGGAGUGGCUUUAAGACUGAGUAUUGUAGUAUAAGUGCUAGAAUCUGCUGGAUUAUUUUAUAUAGUGAAGGAAUGUUUUGUAAUAGUGUAUUGAAGGACAUUUCAUUGUUUGUGCUCGUCUAUUUGUGCCAUUGUUCUUUUUUCCAUUCUUGUGUUGGUCUGAUUGUGCGCUAAAGCGGGAGAUUUUUUUUGUACUAGAAUAUGAACUACAACUAGCAGAUCAGAGCAUAUUUCGUAUUUUCCCCUAUAUUAAAGCAUUUCUAUUUACCAGUACUGACAGGGUAAAUUUGUACAGGUUUACAGGUCUAGUUUUUAUGAUGAAGAAAUUUCAUAAUUAUUGAGAUAAUAUAGAAAUAAAUGUGCUUAUUUUUACAUGACACCAUUUGGAUGUCAUUCUUUGAUACAAGAUAUUCAUGAAUUCAAUAUAUGAGCCGUGCCAUGAGAAAACCAACAUAGUGGGUUUGCGACCAGCAUGGAUCCAGACCAGCCUGCGCAUCCGCGCAGUCUGGUCAGGCUCCAUGCUGUUCGCUUUUAAAGUCUAGUGUAAUCGGAGAAACUGUUACCGAACAGCAUGGAUCCUGACCAGACUGCACGGAUGCGCAGGCUGGUCUGGAUCCAUGCUGGUCGCAAACCCAUUAUGUUGGUUUUCUUAUGGCACGGCUCAAAUAUUUACCAAGUUCAACAGCUUCUAUGUUUUUUACUUUAUUGAUUUACUCCUGUCUGUGUGUCCAUCAGUCAGUCACAAAUCUUGUCCGCACUCUUAAGUCGAACAUUUCUCAUUCGAUCUUCAUCAAACUUGAACAAAAUGUGUUUUCCAAUAAGUCCUCGGCCAAAUUCAGUAACUAGCCAAAUCGGCCCAGGCACUUUGGAAUUACGUAACUAUUCAGAUGAUUAGGCAGUUGUGGGAGACAUGCACUUUUCUCAAAAGCAGCUCUGGUUUUAUAUAAUGUAACAAAUAACACAUUACAAAAUGUCUUAUCUUCAGUUGAAGGGAUGAGUAGUCGGACCAAAAAUUGUGAUGCAUCAGUCUUUAAAAUUUUGGUCUGACUGUCCUACUUAAUAAGCUUUCACAUGGACUGACCUCUGUGCCAUCUAUUCUUUUUUCUAUCAUUAAUUCUGAAACAAGGUGCAUAACUCAUUGCUGAAUGACGUUUCAGGGUUAACCGAAUGGAACAAUGUCUGUAUGUACCUAUUUUACUCUGUCUUUUGUCAUUGAAUUUAGAAUAUUUAGAUAUACAAUGUACCUAAUCUCCACUCUCAUCUCCAUUGAUAGUGUGUUCUAAGGUCUGAAUAAUUUAUAAGUUAUGUAUAAAUGUGAUAUGAAUGUAAAAGCUAUAUUUGUCAGUUUGGGAUAUUUAUACAAUAAACUAAUAUACCUACCA